GAGCAGGAUCAGCAGCCGCACGUAAACAAGGUGAGCGAUCAGGUGGGCGGCGCGGCACUGGCAGGCUGGCACUGGCAGCUGGCGGUGACUUGGCAGAGUAAGAGGCAAUGGAGGACUACGAGCAGAAGAUAAACUCUGGAAACGUCUUCCUUCAGAGCCAGGCGGUCACAAAGAUCUACGACACCUUGUUGGAGAAACACAAAGAUGAGACAGUGCUGUAUGAUACAGAGGAGGUCAAGACACUAUGGAAGACGGCCAACACUGGAGGACCGACAGAGGCAGCGCUGGCCCUGGAAGCCUUGAUGUCUCUUGUACGGAUCAAUCGCCUUCCAGCUCCGGCCACACUCCAGAACUUCCUGGCUGACGUCACCAGCGCCAAGUGUCCGAGCACUCUACUGCAGGGCGUCACGGAGGUGGUGCUGCUCCUGUCCACCAUGGAGGGCAACGACAACAAGUGCCCCUUCACCGGCCCACCCACCGGCCCCACCCACCCCUUCGUCACCCUCCUCACUAAGCGGGCAGACCUGGCGCCGGCCUUGCUGGAGGAGGCCGCCCAUCUCCUGAGGCAUCCUGAUCAGAGGGUGCGGGAAGGGAGUGCCAGUCAGCUGCGGCCACUGCUGCUGCACACGUUCUGCCUAACGGAGGCCACACUGUGGAUUGCCAGGCCGCUGCUCACCCUCCUCACCUCAGCCCAGACGCACCACAGCCUUGUCCCUCUUCUCUGCCGAGUCGCCACGCUCAUCAGGGAUACAAGCCGGGACCAUGUGGAGCGCAAGGUGAUGGUGCUGACGUCCCUGGCAGAGCUGGCCCUGAGGGAGAACCUGACCCGCCUACAGUCUGCCGUGCUGCCCUGCCUCCUCAUGGCUCUCCCUCUUGCCCUGAAACAUGGCUUGGGCACCAGGACACUUGAGAGGAACCUGAGACUGCUGGGAUCCCGGCUUGGGCGUGGCUGUGAUGUGACGGUCUGUGCGCUGGCUGAGGUGCUGCCCUCCACCUCAGGCCGCCUGCAGAUCAGCCUCCUUCAGCUUGGCGCCACACUUCUCUCACACAAGGAUGGGAACCCACUGAUUGGCGCCCGGCUGCUGCCCUCACUGCUGCAGGUGUUGUCCGCCCCCUGUACCGCCGUGCCAGGCCUUACCACAGCUGCUGCGGCACUCAUCUCCCUUGUCCAGGCCACCCCAGCACAAGCCUCGGGCAACACACAGCUUGCCGGCAAUGAACACUGGGAGAUGCUCUGCUGCAUACACCCAAGUCUGGUCUCCUUCCUGCCGGCCCUGGAGUUCUCGGACCGCCUGGUGAAGGACCCACAGCUCGCCUCGGACUGGCUCACCAAGCUGGCCUCCUCCGUCAACCAGAUCUCCAGCUUCUACUACACCAUUGUGACAUCCGUGUUCCUCUACCAGAGCUCCACACCACAGUCUGUCCAGCAGGCCACCAAGGUGCUGGAGAAGGAGGUGAUGAAGCAGAAGUGUCUGGGCCUGGAGGUGUUCUCAAUGGUGCUGUACCGUCUAGGCCGUGAGCCAGACCCCACCACACGCCUCACCAUCCUGUACACUCUCCCCUCCCUGGCUGUCAAUAAGCUGUGUGUGGGGCAGGUGCUGAAGACCCUCCUGGCACUGUGGUCGUCCAGCAGCCUCCGUCCCCUAGUGCUGCGUCUGGUGCAUGACCUGUGGAGGGUGGAACCGCGCACAUACUCCUACCUCUCCCGCCUCCUUCAAGAUAAGUCCAUCGAGACCACUGAGCUGCAGAUCGCCCGUGCCUUUGUUGUGACCAGUGUGUGCAAAGCUAAACCAAACCAGCAUGGGGAGGAGCUGCUUCCACAGCUGUCUGGGUUUCUGAAUGAGUGCCAGGGGGAGCAGGGCACAGCACAGACCCUCAUCGCCCUGGACGGCAUUCAUCACCUGUGUGCCAGCCAGGUGAUCGAUCUCCGUACCACCUGGCGAGUUAUUGCCCCCAAGUUGGUGCGGGACAAGCGGCCAGGCAUCACGGAGAAGCUGUGUGGCCUCCUUGGCCUCAUCCCGGCCCUCAAGGUGGAGAGUCCUGAGUAUCAGAAGUUUACGUCAGACUGCAUCACCAUCCUCUGGAACUGGGUGGCAUCUCACAGGACACUGUCGGUGGUGAAGGCCGCCUAUGAAGCCCUGGAGAAGUUCCCUUACGACAGCUACACCCUCAAGAUGCUGCCCCAGUAUGCCCGGGAGGGACACCAGCUGCCGGCCAGCAAGGCAGCUACUCCCUUUGAGGCGGCUCGGAAGCCUGAGGACGUGCUGGAGUACGUUCCCGGUCUUGGCUGGAUCAAGCUGAUAACAGGCUGUCCAGAGUCUCACCUUGAGUAUGUGGAGAGUUUCACCAAGAGUCUGGUAGCUCGGGAGGUAGCUGCCCUGCCCAAGGGGAUCUACCUCACUGCCGUCCAGGAGGCCAAGCGCAAGGGUGUCAAAUCUGCCACUGGUCAGCCUGAGCCUCCCUCAUACAGUUUCUUCAAAGACAACUCAACUCUGAAGGCUCUGGUGAGUUUUCUCAUUGACUGUCCUCUUCUGAUGGAGAGAUGUAAUGAUCCCCGGAGAAAGGAAAGACUCUUGAGGAGCUGUGUCAUCAUCAUGGAGGCGCUGGGCCAGUCCCUGCCUCGACCCUACCCAGUUGUUAACUGGAGCUUCUUGGAGAAGGUGCUGAGCUCAGCCUAUGCACUGGCAAACUAUGAGUGGACAAAGCGCAUCCGUCACAGCAUCUUUCAGAUCACAAGUCGACAGUGCAACAAGUCUGGGUCUGCCAGUGCCAUAAUCAGCCAGUGGCUCAUGCCCGGGUCGGGCAGUGGCCUGACCAAGGAGGACGAGCUGGUGGUGUUUGGCCUGCUGGAGCACAUAGGGCGUGGCCUUCCCCCUACUGUUCUGCAGCCCUUCUUGGCACAUGUGUUCAAGCAGCACCAGGGUGAUGCAGCCCACAUGAAGGCCCUGCUGCAGGUGCUGCGGCCAAACCUCACUGCUGACUUUAUCUUUGACACAAACAGGAACGUGUUGAGCAAUGCAGUGGAGGGUCUCAACGAGCACAUGGAUCCCACGGAUGAGGACCUGUAUUCUGCCUACAAGGCUUGUGUGGCUGACUUGCCCCAAAAGCACAUUGAACGCCUCACUUCUCCCUCACUGUGGUGGGAGGUGACGGAUGAGAGGCUGUACCGCGCCGCCGUGUUGCGCUGCCAUGUGGCCGAGCGGGACACUGAGGAGCUGGCACUGCCUUGGCUCAAUGAUCUGGUGGACUCGGCUGCCACCCUGCCCGGCGACCGCUCCCACCUGCUGCGGGUCAUGUCCACCACACUGGUGACACGCUGCCAGGUAAAGGAGGCCACCACCUGGUUCCUGCAGCUGCUGGGCCGUCUGCAGGAGCACAUGAAGAAGCGACGUGGAGAUGACCUGGUGGCAGCCCAUGAACAGAGGCAGCUGGUGACCUUUUACCUGGACCUGUUGGUGAUGAGCCUGGUGGUGUGGUCUGGUUUGUGGGCAACCAACAGCAUGGAGGUGCUGGCUGACAACCCUCCACUCAGGGACCGCCUACUCCUGCCCUCCCUGGUGACCCUCUCUGGUCAGCCGGAGUGGAAGAAAACCCUCACCCAGCUGCUGAGUUGGCUGGUGUCCUGCUACUCCCUGCUCUCCCAGCACUCUACCAUCCACUACCACCUGUCCUCUCCCAUCCUGCUGCUGGCCACCCUCAACCCCACCCUCACACAGAUUAUGUGGAACAAAAUCAUUGCUCUCCUUGUCUGAACCUGAGGUCCAUAUUGAUACAAGCCCUGCUGUUAUUAAAGGUCAUUGCAGUGCCUUGGUUAAUGAUAAGUCAGUCUUUACUCUACUUUCUUUUCUAAUACUCCAUUAUUAAAUCCAACCUUGCACAUGAAGUCAUUUUUUCUUACUUUUAUUUUGACAGCUUCAUUGAAUCAUUGUACACGCUUGCUGUGAAAACCAUACACAUCACUAUGCCAUGACUUACUCUAAAAGAAGAUUAGAUAAAUUUAUGGAUGGGGAUGAUAGAUGGAAUUUAAUAGCUUUGCUCAUACAGGGACUGUCACUUCCAGCUUUCUUCUAUUUCUUAUGUCUUCAGCACCAUCACCAUCACCAUUGAUUGCUAAAGUCAUGAAAAAAACAGCUACUGGACUCAACAGGAAGCAGAUGAACAGGGCAAAUAUGACCCAAUCAAACAGAUAACCUUUUUACUGAUAUCACCACCCAUUAAUCCUCCUCCCUUGGCCCUCCUUCCAUACCCAGACCUUCGCAACCACCCAGAGAGCUUCCCUAGUGUAGUCUCUGGAUGUGGCCAGUGACUUUCUGUGAUGUAGACUCCAAGUACUCUGGUCUCUGUGGCCAGGAAUGGGGUAGCCUCAUUGAUUUAAGACACAACUAGCCAAACUGGUCUUCAGGUAAUUUUUAAGCCUCAUCAUGUUUUCUUGUAUUGUUGCAGAAGUGCACAAAAAACUUAUGACAACAUGUUAGAAAAUAGAAAUAUGGCAGUAA